UCACUUUCUGCAGCUAAUUUUAGACAGGUGUCACAAUCUCAAGGAACCACGUGUCACCCCGUAAUUGACCUUCAGUGAAUCAGGUAGUGGAGUUGAAGGAGCCAUUGAAUGGUUGACACCUGUAAAGGGGAUUUGAAAAAAAAAAAAAAGCUGCAGACGGUUAAGGGGGGGAGCGUUUCUGUUAUAGUGGAGGAGGCCAGCUGCAGGAGAAGGGAGAGCUUUUCGGUGCUGGUCUGGGAGAUGUUUUCAGGGGAGAGUUUUCCUUGCUGGUUUUCAAGGAUUUUUUGGGAGAGGAGCUUUUGUUUUGGUUAUUUUGGGUAGAGAGAGGGGGAGAGAGGGGGCCAGCUGUGUGAGAGUUUAGGGAGAAGGUGAGAAAAACAGAGAGAGAUGGGAGCUUGAAGGAGGAGAAGAAGUUUUCUGACAGCUUGAGAAGAGCUCAGAGAGAAAACCAGGGGGAUUUUUCUGGUCUUUGAGGAGGAGGUUUUCUUGAGGAGAAAAUGAGGAUAGCUUUGCUGGGGUUUUCUUGAACUUGAGAGAGAGGAGGAGGGAGCUUUCACAGAAGAGGCAGGAUAACUUGGAGUCCUGUUGGUCUUUGCUGGAGAAAAACUCCCUCAGAGCACAUUGAGAUUAGACUUCUUCAGUUGAGGUUCACCAUGUCGGACGAGAUCACACCCAUUACUCUUACUGCUCUUUAUGAGAUGAUGACGGAUUUGACGAAGAGGAUUGAGAGGAUUGAGCUUAUUUUGUCAGAGUAUCCAUCGUCAUCGAGAGGAGCUCCAGGAGUAGCGAUGCCUUCAUUGCCACAUUUGACUCCAUCGAUGUUUGCUACUUUGGGUGCCUCACAUCCACGACCUCGCCCACAUUCAGUGUUCCAGCAACAUUCCUCAUCCAUUUCACUGGCUACGCCGACACGACCUUCGCCCCAAUUUCAGGGCCCUCCAGUUAUCACAGUUCCUCAGGAGCGAUUUCCCCCUCAUCGACGAUGUCGGAGACACUUUUUAGAUUUGGGCGCACCCCUGAGCGGGGUUUUUGAGACGUUGCAGGCCAUGGGAUUUUUGGCUCCUCUGGCUCCUAGGGCACUUCCAGAUCCUGUGCCUCCACAGUUUCGUCUUGAUUUAUAUUGUGCGUACCACCAGUCAGUAGGGCAUCACACUGAUCGUUGCACUGCUCUACGACAUGCCAUACAGGACAUUGUUGAUUCUGGGACAUUUGGGCAUCCUCAGUCUGAUAUGUUUCCUAUUCCUAUCUCAGCUCAGGCCUUGCAUGCCGACGCUCAUUCACCAGCAGUCCCUGAUCUUAUUGAUUUGGGCGAUUGACUCAUGAUUGGCUUACCUUGGUAUAGUGGCACUCAGAUUUUGUUCAUUCUGUGGCCAGAGAUGUGAUGGCAGGACCAGUCACUGUUUUUGUUUUUGUUUGUUUGGUCUUGUUUUACUUUUGACAUUUAGAGACUAUAACUCGAUUCUUGAGUAUUGUCUUUGUUAUCCUUCUUUUGCGUGAUGUACUCAUCGGAUUAUCCCAUUGGAUGCAUUUUCCUUUAUGGACAUGUGUUUGUGUUUUGUGAUA